AUGCCAACCCUAAGAUCCAUGAUAUCCAUCUUCCUCGCCCUAGGCGCCUCGGCCCAAAACACAACGAAUGGCGCAAAUUGCACCACCUUCAAUUGGGACCACAACAAAGCCUACUGGAAAACCUACCCCCCGCGACGAGCCAGCGCCGCCAAAACAUGCCCUAGCAGCAACACCACCACCACCACCACCACCACCACCAACAACGACAACAACCUGCAAACCUGCCCCAUCACCGCCUCCGGCGACGACACCUACUACUUCCGGACAAACCUCACUGCCCUCUCCUCCUCAACCUUCGCCCCAGUGGUCGAAAAGACCGUCGACCGUUCCGCCCUGCUGACGGAUGAGUUCCGGCAGAACGUCACCGGCGCAAUUGACGGCACGUCCUGGCUGGAACCGGGCCAGUCGGGCUAUCUGAACUUCACGGCUUACAGCUAUUGCUUUACCGGGACGGUGGACGGCUGUACGCCCGGGGUGGACAAUCAUACCCCAGUUGAGGUGUGUGCGCCGCUAUGGCAUACCUUGCACUUGAAGAAGGAGGAUUUUGCUUUUGUGGAUGGGAUUCACUCGGUUGUGAAUAUCAGCUCCGAUCGAGUGGGCCUGUUUAAGGAUCCAUAUGAGGGGCAGGCUAGGAGUUGGGGGAAUGCACAAGAAGGACGGAUGAUAGCUUGCUCUGUAUCGAUUUCGCAGGACUUAACCCUGAUAUAUUCGUAA